CUCACUAUGCUUCAUUUGCUCCCACUGUAACACACACAGACACAGAUGAACUACCUUGGGUUAGUUAUAAAUAUGUUGUAUUAUGUUCGACUCACCAACCGGAUAUGAGUUAUGUCAAUGUUUAACAUCCUGUCCACGUGUACGGGAAACCGAGUGGAGAGUUUAUUUUAUUUUGUGAAAUAAGCAAUGGAGGCUGAGGACCUUUACAUCAAACCAGGUAACCAGGAGCGGGGCUGGAAUGACCCUCCACAGUUUUCCUACGGUUUGCAGACAGCAGCACAAGGUGCACCCAAGAGGACCCCUCUCAACAAGAGAGUGCCCCCACCUCAACUCACUGGAUCCCUCAGUCCGGUCCCAGGAACUUCUCCAACCUCAACAGUUCCGAUGACUCCUCCUACCAACCCACUGGCCCCUCCUCCAUGUAGUAUGAACAUGCCCCCUCGGCCAUGUCAGGUUGCAGCCCCUCCUGUUGGUGGGAUGAUGAUGAUGGCCACAUCUCCACCACCUUGCCAUGUGGUAGAGCACACAGAGUCUGCCAGUGACCAAUCAGAAAGUGAGCCAGAUGUCGUCGACGUAGUUACUCUUCUCAACUGGGCACUGACAGCUUGUCGACACACAGUCAAAAAACAGGUGUGUGACGAUGUGGCGAAGCGCUUGAAGCUCUUUGAGGACAUGUGGAGGUCUGGGAAGUUGUCACUUCCUGUUAGACGAAGAAUGAAUGGACUGGUGCAAGAGCUGAAGAGCUGGAACUGGGACGCUGCUGAUGAAGUCCAUCGGGCUCUGAUGGUUGACCAUGUUAACGAGGUCAGUCAGUGGAUGGUGGGGGUCAAACGUCUCAUCGCUGAAACACGCAACUUGAACUCAGAUCUUCUGCACAGACAGGAGGUAGACCGGAGUCUAGACACCAGCAGCACCGCUAACUCCAACUAGAUCAAUAAUUAUACUUUUGGAACUUUUUUAUUAGGUUAUGGCAUCCUGAGGCCUCUCGGUCGUCCUUGUGAAAGCCGUUGAAAUUCUUAACUUUUAGUCUAACUCUGUCUUUUGAUUUUGCAAAUAUUUUGACAUGGGUUUCCUGUAGUUAUGCAAUAUGCAUUUUUUUUUAAAUAUAUUUUUUAACAUUCUAUGAAUUGCAUUUGAUCGCAGUGUCGAUUGCUAUUACCGAGAUCCACCAAUUCAGACAAUACAAAGAGAGCUUUUAUCUAAACAUUUUUUAUGGCGACAUUGUUUACGUUUGGUAGUCUUUCCUUGUCGUGUCUUGUUUGAUUUAAGGUGCUUAUAUCAAAGAUGGCAGUAAUACCAUAUUUAUUUUGGCCAUUCUCUGGUGUAUAGUCUCCCUUGGACAGCCUUGUAAAAAGUAUUUUUCUGGAGCUGGGACUAAGAUCACUUUAUUCAUCCAAUUGUACACGGUACUAUGUAUUAUUCCUGAUGCAUGAGAAAGCUUAACACUUGACAGUUUUCAAUGACCUGUCACCCCCUGUGUGCUAUACAUAAUCAUAAGAGCAAUAACUACAAUAACAAUGUAAAAGCCAUCAUCUGCUUAUGUUGGCAGUGGCAUUGCACUUUAAGAUGGACCAUACAUGAGACAAAAUAAAUCAGAUUUGUGGUGAAAGUA